GGGAAGUGCGGCAGCACCCGUUAUUCUGUUGUAGAAACACCUGUUGACAUCCAUGGGUAUAAUUCUGCUUGUAAUACAAUGUAUUCCCAACAACGUGACGAUGAGCAUUCGAAAAUUUUCAUCGUUAAGGAUCCUUCGCCAUGAAAAUCCAUUGGGGCUUCCAAGCUCGCGCGCUCCGCCUCAGAUCCCCCGAAUGCAGCGAGGACUGCCGCAAAAACGACGAAUUCCAGACGUAAAGAAAGUCAUUGUGGUCUCGUCAGCCAAAGGCGGCGUUGGGAAAUCUACCAUAGCCGCAAACCUUGCUCUGGCAUUUGCUCGAAGAGGUUUACGGACGGGGAUUCUAGACACCGAUAUAUUUGGUCCCUCGAUCCCUACGCUCUUCAACAUCUCAGGAGAGCCACGGCUGUCCACCAACAACCAACUAAUUCCCCUUUCGAAUUAUGGAGUAAAAUCCAUGUCGAUGGGCUACCUCGUUGGAGAAGAUGCACCAGUCGUCUGGCGUGGGCUCAUGGUCAUGAAAGCAUUGCAGCAACUGCUCCAUGAAGUCGAGUGGGGCGGACUAGACCUGCUCGUCCUUGACCUUCCGCCAGGGACAGGAGAUGUCCAAUUGACAAUUUCACAGCAAGUGGAAGUGGAUGGAGCUGUCAUCGUCUCAACACCUCAGACAUUGUCCGCUCUCGACGCCAUCAAAGGCGUCAACAUGUUCGGCAAGGUCAACGUCCCCAUCCUUGGUCUCAUCCAGAACAUGUCCGUCUUCAUCUGCCCCCACUGCUCCGAGAGCACCCAUAUAUUUGGGUCGGGGCCGCUUGAGAAGAAAUGUCGAGAGCUCAACCUUCCCCUGCUCGGUGAUAUCCCUCUCGACGGCAGGAUUUGUGAGGAUGCGGAUCGUGGGAUGCCGACUGUGGUGGCGGAUCCUAAAGGUGUCAGAGCCCAGGCUUUUGGGCAGAUUGCACAAAAUAUUGGGGAAUUAAUAGGACUGGAUGUGAAAUAAUUAAAAGAGGUGGAAUACCUUGUAAUAUAGGUGUCAUUUUUUUGGUGUUGUAAUUACUAACCAGUACCAUGGGGAAUGAAAUGUGUGGAUUUUAC